AGGACAACAAGCAGAGGAAGAAGCGAGUGAUCGUCAGCGUCAUCCAAUGUUGACUAUGGCGGAUGAACGGCUGGACAGAGCGUCAUCCGGCAUGGACCCUCUCAAGGGGCUUCUCCUGACGUACUUGAUGCCGGAGUCAUGCUACGACGAGUUCUUCCUCAACUUCAACUUCCUGGACGUGCCAUGUCUGAAGAUUGUCCUGAGCAAAGGCCUGGGGUUCGGCAUCAUCCUGGGAUCAGUGAUGGUGAAGCUGCCACAGAUCUUGAAGCUGAUGGGAGCACAGAGUGCUGAGGGGCUGAGCCUCAACUCUGUGCUGUUAGAGCUGCUGGCCAUCACAGGAACCAUGGCGUACAGUAUCGCCAAAGAGUUCCCCUUCAGUGCCUGGGGCGAGGCUCUGUUCCUCAUGCUGCAGACUGUCACCAUUGGCUUCCUCAUUCUGCACUAUGGAGGGAGAACCGGCAGGGGUGUCCUGUUUGUGGUGGUGUACUUUGGGCUGCUGAUCCUCCUGCUGUCUCCCGUCACCCCCAUGUCAGUGGUUACCACCAUGCAGGCCUCGAACAUGCCAGCCAUUAUAAUUGGCAGGUUGAUCCAGGCGGCCACUAACUUCAGUAAUGGACACACUGGUCAGCUGUCUGCGAUCUCCAUCUUCCUGAUGUUUGCUGGAUCCCUCGCUCGCAUCUUCACCUCUCUACAGGAAACCGGAGACUCUCUGAUGGCCCUCACCUACGUUAUCUCCUCUGCCUGUAACGGCAUCAUCACGCUGCAGGUUCUCUACUACUGGAACAGCUCCACAGAGCACAAGAUAGACAAGAGAAAGAAGACAGAGUAGAGCAACUCUCUUUUCUUCACAACGCGAAACAGCAAAUCGACCGUGUGAAGUGCAUGAACAGAGCCCCUGGAAAGUGCUGCUCAUUGAAUCUGCUGGACAAACACUUGACUCUGAAGCAGGGAUGUCAAAUGUAAUAUGCCAAGGAGAUGUAUAUUAUUGUUUUCUAUUGGUUUUGUGUAGGCCCACUGGCUUUAUGAUUGACAGCCAACCGUUUUUUUAGCCCGAGCUGCUGGGUCCAGACUCCCACUGUUAUUACAUUCCUCUAGAUGCAGUAAAGGUUUGGAAACGGUU